GUCGUUACUUUGUGGUAUAGAGCUCCUGAAGUUUUGCUUCAGUCCAGCUACGCAACACCAGUUGAUCUUUGGAGUGUCGGCUGCAUAUUUGCAGAAAUGUUCCGUCGAAAACCACUCUUCCGUGGAAAUUCAGAUGUUGAUCAGCUAGGAAAAAUCUUUGAUGUAAUUGGACUCCCAGAAGAAGAGGACUGGCCUAAUGACGUUGCCCUUCCAAGAAAUGCUUUCACUUCCAGACCUGCACAACCUAUUGAAAAAUUUGUACCAGAUAUUGAUGACCUGGGCAAAGACUUGCUUCUUAAAUGCUUAGCGUUCAAUCCAGCCAAGAGAAUAUCUGCCUAUGUUGCCCUCUCUCACCCAUAUUUCCAUGAUCUGGAGAAAUGCAAGGAGAAUCUGGACUCUCACAUGUCAUCCAGCCAAAACUCCAGUGAGGUGAAUGCAUCAUAAUGCUGACUGAAGAUGAACCAUAAAUGAACAAGACGUGUAGCUGACAUGGCCACUGUCCCAUACAAACCACAUAGCUGUUCUAGUGAAGAUCAUUAUUUGGAGGUUUUAUGCACUUAUCUUUUAUUUUGGGAUUGUGAUGUGCUUAUCCAAGGAAAUCAAUCUAGUUUACUUUCAUCAGAGCAACACAAGGGCCAGGGCUUUGACCUACUCCCAUUGCAGCUUUAUGUUUUGUUUUUGUUUUGUUUAUCUACCUGGGAAAACUCCAGACGAAGAGAAGCUGCUGAUCGGUUUUGCUGCCAUUUUAUCCUUCUAAUAUUGAACGCUGCCAGUGUGGAGUAAGAUGAUCAAGUCACUGCCAAAACAUGAUGCAAUCUCACUCUCUUUAGCUGCUGAAGCAUGAUUUGGUACUUUUUUUUUUAAUUAUUAUUAUUAUUAUAUGAUCUUUUACAGUGAUAUUUAAAGAAUGGCAUUGAAAUAUCAGAUCUCUGCGACCUGCGGUUAACUGAUACGUGCAUUAAUACAUCCAGCUACUGUUCAUUCAUUGCGUAUGUGCAGGUGCUUCCCCACUUGAAAACUUGGAUGGAUUAUUUUAUCAUUUCAUUGCUCUAUAAAAAUAACAGUGAUGAUUGUGAUCAUAAUAAAUGUCUCAACUUUUAGGUUUUUUCAUACACAAACGAGUUACUAUCUAGCUACGUUUGUGUGCAUGUUACAAAA